CGCCCUCUUUGCUCCAGUGGAGCCGUGCCGUGCUGUGCCGUGCCCGUUUUAGGGUUUCCGUCCCUCCCCUGCGAGGGCCUCUCCCCCGUGAAAGGGUUUCGUUUCGUCUCUCGCCCUCUCUGGGUUUCCACGAAGCACGUUCGGUGCUUUGGAUUCCUCACUUCCUGCCUGUGCAUUGCCUAGCCGGUUACCCGCGUCGUCGUCGCAGUUACUCCUUCCACGUGUCGCAUUUCUUCUCGCCGAUCGGACGAGCAUGGCGGGGCCAGUGGUGAAGGAGGGAGCGCGGCUGUUCCAGGGCGUGGAAAAGGACUCUCUGGCGUUCAAGCUCAUGAAGAACAUGGGCUGGGAGGAGGGCAAGGGACUGGGGAAAGAACGGCCCAGGGGCAUCGCCACUCACGUCCGGAGUAACGAAGAAAAUUCGACACUGCAGGCGUUGGAAUCGCGGAGGCUAAAAAGGAAUCGUGCAACUGGUCCGUGAAUACCGCCGUCUUCGACGACCUCCUCAAACGCCUAAAUGUGGCGGUCAACGACAAAAAAGAGCCGCCGGCAACAAGCGUCUGAUUCUUCCGCUUCCGACUCCUCGGAUGAGGAGUCAGAAGGGAGCAUGGGCAGGAAUGGUGAGGAAGGGGGGGAGACGAAGAGAAUCAAGAAGACCCAGAAGGGCAAGAAGGAGAAGAGGAAGCAGGCGGAAGCGGAGAAGGAGGGGGAGAAGGAAGGGAAGGAGGAGGCAGGCUCGCCGAAACGGCAGAGGCUGGUGCGGCCGCAGGGCAGGUACCAUCGCAGGGAGGCGGGCAAGUGCGUUAAGUCCUACUCCACCAACGACCUUUCGGCCAUCCUGGGCUCUUUCCCCUCGCCUUCCCCUCCUCCGCCGCUCACUCCCUCGCUCCUUCCGCCUACCUCCGCGGCUUCUCCCUCGUCUCCGUCGCUCAACGGCCUCGGCUCCCCGCCUGAGGCACCUCCCACCACCACGUCUCCUCCACCGCAACGGCAGCUGUACCCGGAUCUGCAGCAGCAGCAGCACCAGCAGCACCAGCAGCAGCGCCGGGCAGAAAGCGCGUGGUCAAGUCCGCGUCAGACACCACUCUCUGUCGCAGCAGCAGCACCACCGCACUGAAGAAGAAAAGCCGGCUCGGCCGAGCCUAAGAAGGGCGGGUUGUUGGAGCUGGAGUGCCAGAAGCAGUUUGUGUUCCCGCCGCUGCCUGCUGAUUGGUGGGGCUCGAGGCUCGGGUUCGUGCGGGGGGCAGGCUCGGGAGCCGGGCGGCUGAGUAAUGAGGGGGAAGGGAGGGGGAGAAGAAGGCGGGGUUCAGCGAGCAGGACCAGGAGAACCUCUACAACCUCGUGCACGACCACGCAACGAGCGGCAAGCAGGGGCUGGGCAUCGGCGAUCUGCCCAAGAAGGUGGCUGGGGCGCGGUGGAAAGGCACCAAGCACACUUUCGAAGACCUUGAGGAGGAUAGCGAGGAGGGGGAGAGUGAGGAGGAGAAUGAGGUAGAGGAAGUGGAAGAGGAGGAAGAAGCGGAGGGGGGGGAAGAGGAGAGCAAGGAGGGCCAAAGGAUGGUUCUUGAGGAGGGGAGUGCUGCGGAUGUAGCCGUGACGGGUGCAGAAGGUGCACUAAUUACAACUCUUGCAGACUCGACUCGUGGUGAUGGUGCUGGUUCGGCGGAGCAGGAGGGAGGGGAGAAGGAGGGGAAGGGCAAGAAGAGGAAGAGAGAGGAAAGGUCAAGGAAGGACAAGGGCGAGAAGACAGCUGUGGCUGGUGAACCGGUGGUGGGGAGUGCGGAGAGAAGAAGAGCAGUGAUUGGGAAGAGAUGGCAGCACAAGGAGAAGGCAGAGAAAGUGGAGGUGAAGGAGGAGGAAGUUGCAGAGGAGAAGGAAAAGGAGGGGGAGCAGGUGGCAGGAAGAAGCCCAAGUCGAAAGGGGUUUCUGGCAGUGACCAAUCGGAUGGCAUUAAGGGCGAUGUGGGGUUGAAGACUCGAGUGAAGCGCGCUGUCAAGCAAACUCUGCAGAAGGAGGGCGAGGCAGGAGUGUCUCUGGCGUCUCUGCAAGACACAGUGGGGAAGCAGCUGGAGCUGUCAAAGGCGGAGAGGAAGCAGCUCGCCAAGAUCAUUGACACCAAGCUGGCUGGAUGGGGGUUCAUCAAUGUUUCUGCCGGCAUGGUACAGCUACGCGCCUGACCGGCAGAUACAUGCACGCUCGCACUAAAUAUAUACCUGCUAUCAGGGCCAAGUAAUGGCCUUCACUCACCACUAUUAUGGUCCCCUAAGGAACAGCAGCCAGCGCCCAAUGUUGAGAUACGUUAUCAAUGGAAUGCUAUUGACUAGUGUGCAAUGAACUCUUAGACGGAUUGUGCAAAUAUUGCGCCACAAUGCAGACUAAACAGUAGCAGUAUGUGAAAAAAUAUAUUGGCGCCUGGAACUGGUUGUAGCCAGCUGAAAUGAUGCAUGA